AUGGCUGGAGCAGUGGCAGCCGCCAAAGAUGGAAAGCUCGAGGUGGCCUUCGUUUGUCUCGGAGGCGAAGGCGGCACCCUGAGUUUGGACCCGACGAGCUCCGGUGAUGAGCUGAAGGUGGCCCUUGAGGCGCGGAUGAGCGGCAGCAAGCGAUCUCGCAUCCGCCUCAGACUCUUUAACCAAUGCCGCGAGAUCGCCAAG